AUCAAAACAUGGCGGAUCGAGGAAGUGUCUUAUUUUUAUAAUUUAUCUUAACUAUAUCUCAUUWAUUUACCAAGAAGCCGGAGAAAAAGUACACUAGAUACCUUUSCUAACGAUGAAACUGUCUCCUCGCGUUCUUCCUGGCGCUCUACAUCAGCAUAAUAAGGGGGCGUGUGACUGGGGCUGGCAGUCCUUGAUAGCAUAUGGCUGCCAUAAUCAUGUAGUAAUAUUUGAUCCAAAGACCAUUCAGGCCAUUCAGAUAUUGGACUUGCAUACAGCACCSUGCACAAAGUAAUGUGUCAAGACUGGAUUCUUUUCAUUGAUGAUUUCUCAAUCAACAAGGCACCAGAGAGUAAUGGUAGACGAUUCUAUCUAACUAGUUCUGGUACAGCUUCACCCAGCUCCUCUGGUACAAACAUMAAUACCUUAGCGAGCAGAAGUGCUGCACCAAAGUCAGCUCUUGCUAGAGUCAAGCUAUGGGCAGCUGGGGAGCCUAGAGGCAGAUCUGGUGAAGAGAGUGUUGCUCUUAGUGAAUGUUUACAACUUGUUUACCUUCCAUCUUGCAACCACCAUCUUCUUGUCCUGUUCCCACGUGAGGUGAUGAUUCUAGACAUGGAGAUCAACCAGGCAGUGUGCUCAUUUUGUUUGGAAAGAAACAGCCCUUCAUUUAUUCAAAUCAUUCCUUGCAGACAAAGAGAUGUUCUAAUGUGUCUUCAUGAGAAUGGCAGUAUUAUCAUGAGAUCUCGUAGAAGAAUCACCCAAAACCCUUACUUCUUCAAUGACCAUGAAAARCAAGAAUCCAACAUGUCUGUUGACAUUGUCUACGAAACAAAAUGCCAAUCAGAUACACUUCGUCUUAGUAAAUCAAGCCGUCUCCAUGGUUUUCUUUGUUGUCCCACAUCGGAGAAGAAGUUGGUUCUAUUGAUUAGUGAUGGAAGAAUUUUAAUAUGGGAUCUCAAAGCCAAAAGAUGUCAAACUUUGGAAAGCUCUUUUAUGUCCCAAGAAUGUAUCAGAGUAUCGUCACCUGUGGGGUCAAAUAUUACUGAUGCUGUCCAAAGUCCUGUAUUGAGACUAGCAGAUGUUAUUCCUCCGCCAUUAACGUCAGGAAAAGUGCUUCCUCAACCAGGUCAUUUUAARUUCAUUAUGACUGGAAUUAUGAGUGCUGUGGCUGCUCCGCCUACUUGCGCUGUGAUGUGCCCACCGUUGACAACCAAGAACUGGUCAAGUUAUAAACCCUUGAUUGCUAUUGGAACCAACCAGGGCAGUAUCCAGGUAUUCAAUCUCUCCACAGGGAUCCUGACACGGGAAUACAGUAUCCAUACUGGAAGUGUUAGUUUCUUUGUCUUGUUGUUCUCUAAAUAUGAUAUUGUCUACAGAGCUUGUCUCGUGGCCACCAUCCGCUCGUCAGGAGCAUCUCAAAGUACUAUCAAACUAGUAGCAACUAAUCUUAUUGCUAGCGGUAAACUUGCAGAGGGCGUACAGCUUUUGUGUUUGAUCGAUAAGGGACUGGAUGCCUGUCGUUAUUUGCAGACGUAUGGAGAAUGGGAACAAGCUGCAUCAUUGGCUAAGGCUACACUGAACUAUCCUGACUGUGCCGAGGUCAUGCGAAGGUGGAUUGAACAUCUCUCCAGCACUCAUACCAGUCAACAGAGCAAGGCAAUUCUUGUGCUGCUUUCUCUUGGUCAAUUCCACAAAGUACUCGAAAUGUUGCACAGUAUGAGGUACUUUGAUCGAGCUGCGUUGUUCUCUGAGGCCUGCCAGGAAUUUGGUUUCGAUUUCCAACAUGAUGACCGAAUGCUAUCCUUAGUUGAUACAGUCAAUGCCGAGUACGCUCGUUACCUACAGGGACUGGGACUCAAGAAGCCAGCGGUUUACUUCGGCAACAAAGCAGGMGACAAAGGCAAAGAAUUAYUAGAAGGAAUGUACAGUUAGUUUUAACAAGGUUUGCUGUAAAGCUAUACAGGAAGACCGAACAGAAUUGUGAGAUAGGAAUACACAAAAAGAGCACAGCGUAUAUAAAAAAAAUACAAAGUAGAAAGAAAACAAGAAAAGAAAGAUAGGAAAAAAGAAAAAGAAAAGGGAAUAAAGAAAGAGCAUUAAAGUGGACUGAAUUGAGAUGUGAGUACCAAAAUAUGUCCGAAAUCUUUGCAGCAAGGUAAACAUUCUCAUGAAAGAU